CGGCGGGCGGGAGGGGAGAGGAGAGGAGGUGGCCUGGCGGGGCGCGCCCGAGCGGGGAGGGCCGCCCGCCGCCCCGCUUCCCCUCGCCUCCCCCUCAGCCUCCCGGGGCCAGCCGGCCGCUCGGUGGGACCGUACGGGCUGAGGCCACACUGCGGCCUAGCGCCGGGCUUCGCGGAGGCGAAGCCAUCCCGGCGGCGCUCCGCGUGAGGCAACGACCUGGCAAGGCUCUCAUUGGCCAGCGGCUCCCGCUGCCGUGACGUGGCGGCUGCCGAUUGGGCGAGGCCAUGGCGGAGCCGCGGCGGUUCCGGUUCGCGGAGGAGGGGGGCGGGCGGCGGGAGGCGCUGACGCUGCGCGUGCCCGAGGUUCCCGACCGCCGCUACGGCCUCUACGUCUGGCCCUGCGCCGCCGUGCUGGCACAGUUCGUCUGGUCCCGGCGGGGAGCGCUGCCCGGCCGCAGGGUGCUGGAGCUCGGAGCAGGCGUGAGCCUCCCCGGAAUAGUGGCUGCCAAGUGCGGGGCCGAGGUGCUGCUGUCGGACAGCGAGGAGCUGCCCCAGUGCCUGGAGAACUGCCGGCGGAGCUGCCUGAUGAACGCCCUGCCCCACGUACCCGUCCUUGGCAUCACCUGGGGGAGGAUGUCUCCCCAGCUGCUCUCUCUGCCUCCCGUAGAUGUUAUUUUAGGGUCUGAUGUCUUUUUUGACCCAAAAGACUUCGAAGAUAUUUUAACUACAGUUUACUUCUUGCUGGAAAAGAAUCCACAAGCUCAGUUCUGGACUACUUACCAAGUCCGAAGUGCUGACUGGUCUAUUGAGGCUUUGCUCUACAAGUGGAAGCUGAAGAACACCCCCGUUCCGUUACAUUCCUUCGGUGCAGACAAAGAGCACCUGGCCGGCUCUUCUCUACCAGGCAGACAUACAAUUGAAAUGAUGAUCAUCUCACUGGCAAGAUCAGAUGGUACUUAAGUUUAUUCCACUUGUUGGUUCCAAUACAAGAUGAUAUUUAACUUUUACUUUAGCAUGGAUCUGCAGAGAACAGUCUGAUUUACAGCAAACCUCAUGCGUAUUUUUUUGGGAAGCAGACCCCCCCCUUAGCAGUACUUAAAACAUGCAUUGUAAAAAUAAAGCUGUUCAUUUGUUUAA